GCGGGGCUGGAAGAGUCGCCCUCCUAGCUGCGCGGCGACGGGUGCCUCGGAGGGACGUUCCUCGCGUUGCGCGCUUCCGCUGCGGCAUGUCCGUGGAUGGGGGCCGCGCGGGAGGGGCCAGAAGGCGGCGGCGGCGGCGGCGGGGGGCGGCCGAGGACGAGAGGCCCGAGGCGGCGGGCGAGCGGCAGAGGCGGAGGCUGCAGGAGGCGCUGUCUGAACUGAAGGACUCCGACUUCUGGGACUGCAGCCGAAGAACCAUCUUGCGGGCCCUGCGGAGCCCCCCAGCCGCCCAGCAGGAGACCCCUCGGGGGGAAGCGGCCCUGGGGGCUCCCGGGGGCAGAGGAGCAGGGGGGCUGCGCUGCGUCUGCUACGGCCUCGGGAGCUUCUGCUCGUGCGGGAAGGCGCGGCUGCAGCUGGCCUUCCUGCUGCUGCUGCUGGAGGAGCUGAAGGUGGAGCCCGUCGGCUGGGGGGCGGUGGGGGGGGGGAAAGGGCAGGGGAGACCCUGGGGCCAGUCAACACCCCCCCCCCCCGCUGUUGCCCUGCAGAUUGCCCCGGAGAGCUGCUUCGUCUUCGACCCCGCCUUUUCCACCCUGGAAACGGAACUGCUGGGCGGCCUCGGCCUCACCGUGCUGCAGCGGAACGAGGAGGGGAAACGGAGCAUCGAGGGCCCCACCCUCUUCUACAUGAUCCACUGCGGGAAGGCGCUGUACAACAACCUGCUGUGGAGCAACUGGUCUGCGGAGGCCCUGUCCCAGAUGGUGGUCGUGGGGAACAGCUUCCGGGGCUUCGAAGAGAGGCUGCUGGCCAAAGUCUUCUGGGAGAAUUAUAGCUACAUUGCCAAGGUGUUGGAGGCAACCCAGGAGGAAGCCCUCCCGCCCCACCUGCAACACCCGGAUGUCUUCAACGACACGUCUGUCCACUGCUUCCCUCUGCAGAGACUGAGGGGCCUCCCCCAGGACUGCUGGGCCUGCUGGACGGAGCCCCGUUACUCAGAAGACGCUCAGCUGGAGAUCAUCAGAAACAAACCCCAAUAACAUCCCUCCCCCCCCCUGCACAGGGAGGGGGGGGAAGCUGCAGGAAGAGUGUUGGGAGCCCAGCCUGUGGGCAUCCAAUGUGCCCCACAAGCAGAGGACAGACUCAACUCUUGCUCAGAGCAGGAUUUGGGGGGGGGGGGGGGUGUUGUUGAUGGGAAAGGAUGACCGAAAGUGGCAGCGGAACCUUAUAUUGACUUUUGUAACCAUUAAAAAUAUCCUCUUGAGCCUUUUAUUAACAGCACUUCCUCUUCUCUCCCAACUUUCUUCUUCACUCAUUUGCCAAAAUAAUUGUUUUGGCCCCCACCAAAGGAUAGGCGUUUUGAGCCUUUUAUCAGACAAGCACCAGAAUAAAGCAAGCACUUUAUUUA